AUGUCGAACACCGACUUCACCAAGUUCGAGGUAUUCAGCAAGAUUUUGAACGGCUGCAGCGAAGGUCCGUACUGUAACCACUCUCAGCUUGUUUUCCACAACGCGAACAACGGAACAAGCGGGCUGGAGAUCCUCCACGACGGAUCGCCCUGGCUGAGGAUCCUCAUCUCCGUGGUCUACUUCAUAGUAGCCACGGCGGGAGUGUUGGGCAACCUGCUGGUCAUGUUCCUGCUGUACUCUACCCGCACCAUCGCUACAGGCACCAUCAACUUCUUCGUUUUUAACUUGGCCUUGGCUCACCUCCUCUUCUCGCUGGCUUUGCCCUUUUGGGCCGUGGAGAUGGCGAUGGACUACACCUGGCCGUUCAGUUUGGCCACGUGCAAGGCCGUGUCCCUGCUGACCGGCCUGAACGUCUUCGCCAGCUGUUUCUUCCUGACCGCCAUGAGUCUGACCCGGUAUUGCUACGUGGUGACCGCCCUCAAGCCCCACGCUUCGCUGUGCGCCAGGUCCUGCACUUUCCCCAUCGCCACCGCCCUGGUCUGGGUGGGGGCCUUCGUUGCCGCGGCGCCCAGGGCCGUGUUCGCCGACCUGAGCCGCGUGGGCAGCGGCAACGACACGGCGUGCCUGCUCCGCUUCCCCGACGGAACGGCCUGGUUGGGUAUCAACCAGCUCCUGCGGGUGGUGUUCGGGUUCCUGCUGCCCUACGCCACAAUCAUCCUGUCCUACCUGCUCCUGCUCCGCUUCCUGUGCCGGCACAAGCUGAAGGGAGGCGGCAACUCGCGGCGGAAGGCCGACAUCUCCAAGUCGGUGGCGGUGGUGGUGCUAUCGUUCUGCGCCUGCUGGUUCCCCUACAACGUCCUGACCCUCUGGAGCGUCCUGAUCCACCUGGACGUCGUGGACAUCAGCAAGUCCUUCUACUCGGCGCAGACCUACUUCUUCCCCCUGGCCAACUGCUUGGCGUUCACCAGCAGCUGCUUCAACCCCGUCAUCUACUGCCUGGUGAGGAAGGAGUACCGCGCGGCGCUCCACAACGUGCUCCUCAAGCUGAGCCUGGCCGUCACGUCCAAGAUGCCGUACGCGAGGAAGACCGAGGAAGGGUCGGGGCAAGCCGGCCAGCUCGCCAUUCCGCUCAACAACGUGUACAGCCAGACGUCCCAGACCGACACGAGGAGAUACCCGCUACCGUCCGCGCUCCCUACUGUGGCGUCCACUCUGUGA